AUGGCUGUACACUCCAAGAAUGAAACCUUGCUGUGCAAGGUUUUCCCAUCCAGUCUAGGGCCUGUGGCGAAGAGGUGGUUUGAUGGGUUGAAGGCAGGUUCCAUCAAUUCUUUUAAGGAACUCACCCGAAUGUAUUGGGAGAUGUUCAACAAGAUAGACGGUGAUUUUGAAGACGUGGCCAUUAGCACUUUCAAGCUUAGCCUGCCUGCUGAGCACGGCCUAAGAAAGUCUUUGACGGGGAAACCUGUUACUCGUAUACGUCAACUCAUGGUAAACGCCGUGUUCCGAGAACCGGUGCAUCAGGUUUCAGAGAAGAUCAAGAACAAGCUGUAUUCCAAAUGGCCGAACAAGAUGAGUGGAGAUCCUUUAAGGCACAACCAAAGCCUCCAUUUUCAGUGCCACCAAGAUUGGGGACAUACCACAGAGGAUUGCCGAACUCUGUGGAACCAUCUGGAGCAACUAGUUAAGAAGGGGAAGUUGCAACAAUUUUUACAUCAACCUAACGUAUGA